AUGGCAAACGUACUCGAGACAUCCCAGCUUCACCUCACAGUCCUCGACCUGCCACAACUUCACUCACGCCCUUCGUUUACUACCCUUCAACAAACGCUGGAUCACUUGAGGCUUGGUCCUUCAUCGUGGGAAUUGAAUGAAUCUGAGACAGUCAAAAGGCAAAAUAUUAGUGAACAGGGCAUACCAUCAUACCUCACCCGCCUAGUUGCCUCCUCUUUGACUUGGCUUCGUGAGGAAGAAAAGGAAGAAAUCUGGGAAGCAGCAAGCAAGAGAUUGUCAGAGAGAUCGGGCAGAGCAGCUAUGUCUACCAUUGAUAGGACCUUCAAGGUGCCCACGAAUGGAGCUUUCGAGCCUUACAUCAGUACAUCCUCAAAGCCCGUCGCGUGGCCUUCUCUACAAAUCAAAAUCAAGGAACCAGCUCUGAACGGUGAUCAACUGGGCAAUAAGACGUGGCUUGGGGCACAUAUCCUCGCGAAGAAGCUUCCAGAUGUCCUCCCAAGACAUUUCACCAGCAUCUCUACACCCAUAAAAUCGCGCCGUAGCCUCCAGGACAGCAAGACCAAACAUAUGAAUGGGGUCAACCACACCAACAAUAACAGCAACCAAAAGCCACUGAGAGUACUCGAGCUGGGCGCCGGCACCGGUCUCACAGGCCUCGCAUGCGCCGCUCUCUUCCCUCACACCACAAGCGUCCAUCUGACCGACCUGCCCUACACCGUCCCCAACCUCAAAACGAACAUCGCGACCAACGCGCGCCUCUUCACGGCAAGACAAGUAACAGCAGGUACGAUCGACUGGUCGCUGAUCCCGCCACCGACCUCAAUCCGCGCCAUCCCCCCUCAUCUCAGAAAACUAGUCAAGCCCCCUCUGAAGGAUAGCGAAAGAUACGACAUAAUACUAGCCGCAGACUCGCUCUACGCGCCCGAACACCCGGGGAUGCUCGCAAACACCAUCGUCGCGUACCUGCGCCUUCCUCCUCCUCCUCCUCCUUCCACCACCCCCACACCCACGACCAGCGCCGUAAUACCAAGCAAAGCAAAAGUCCUCACAUGCCUCCCCUUCCGCUCCAUGGACCGCGACUACCACGGGGACCUGCGCAAAGAACUCACACUACGGGGGUUGGAGGUGGUCGAGCAAGGCGAGGAAGAAGGCGUGGAGGACUGGCAGGAGUGGAAUACGGAAGGGCAGCUCUUGGUCAGGUGCUGGUGGGCUGUUUGGGGCUGGGCGGAAGGGGCGGAAGAGGCGGGGGAGAGAGUGGGGGUUGUGGAAGAGGGGCAGAAGGAGGGGGAAGGGUCGGUGGAAGGGGGGUGGAAGGGGUGA